AUAACGGCUGUCAAAGAAGGCAAAACGCAAGCGUCGAGGAAAAUUCAGUAAUUUUUUACCAUCACAAAUAAAGUGAAUUCUGUAACAUUCUAUAUGUAUAUUGAUUAGAGAAAAUGGCUGCUGAUCGCUUCAGAUUAAGCGAGUUUUCUGAAUUUCUUGACGAUACUGAUGGUCAUCGUUUGGCGCAGUUUUUGCAGAAAAAGGGUGGGACCGUACGUCCUGGUCGUGUGAGAAUAUUCGAUAGUGAGCCUGAGCAUUUUAGCUUAAAUGUGCGUAUAAAACGGGUAAGUUCGCCACCAUCACCUCCCACGGCAUCAUCUGGUGAAAAUGAGAAAACGCAGCAUUCGAAUAUAGAGCAUAAAAUUAGUAAAGAAAAAAUUGAAGGAGAUCCAAUAGAUUUGCCAAUCGGGCAUGUAACGGAGAACUACGUUUCAGCAUCAAAAACAAUUCAAACGGCGGCUGCAACAGAAUCUGAAAAAACUUGCAAUAUUAAUCAGGCGGCAGAUUGCAAUUUUGUUCGAGUAAUAGAGCAUAGCUGUAGUAUACAAACGCCAGAAAUACCAAGAACACAGUCACGAGCGCCCAGUUCAUCAUGUCAACCUGCACUAAAUUUACCAAACCAACAGCCAAAUCACUCUCAAUUAUCGUCACGAAAACUAGAGCUGGAAAAUAAUAGACUACCCGCAGUUUCUGAAAAUGCGUUACAAUCAGAAAUGUUUGAACAAACGGAACGACCUGCAUCGCCACAUCCAGAGCCAACUUUGCAACCGUUACAAUGUGUCAUAGAACCACAAAGGAACUGUGAUAGUCCAACUACUAAUUCGAAUUCACAACCUCGCAAUCUUCGGCCGGUAAUGCCGCAAUCACCGCGAUCGCCACUAACAAACUUGAUUCGUAGUUGUGGCGUUAACACUGCAGACCGCUUGCGACGUCAAGUACUAAAGCGGUUAUCUACUACGGGUAACAGCGGCAGGCGUACACUUCUCAAAGAGUUCGAAAGCACACUCAACUCAACAGAAUUUGCCCCUGAAAUAUGCAGUACACCGAUGCAUCACACACCAAUAGAAAACUUGCAAAGAACUCCAGGGCGACAUACUAAAACACCAUCUAUUGUUCAAUCGGUUGAAAUGGUCGGUGACCCAGUGAAUGAGGCUCUACAACGAUCAAUUAAUAUACAUUUGAGUCAACAUGAGCAGCCACUUACAAAAAAUAUGGUGGCAGCACUCGAAGAGACCUUAAAAAAAUUGAACGAGAUUGAAAAUUCGCGAGUGCAAAGUGAGGCAGUAACUAAGGCUGGCUCAAAUAUCACUGUGUUACCAGGGACUCAAGAAAUAAUACAGCAAGCACAAGCUAACACAUCAGAAAAUCAUCGCUCAAAUAUAAGUAAUGCGCCAGCCACUCACGAGUUGCUUCAAGAAGUACAAAAGGCACUUCAAGACUUGCGAAAUUCACUAGUACAGGCACCAAAAAUUGUUAUACCAGUGAAUCAGACAUUUAAUAACGCUUCAGCACAACCUGAAAACCAAAAUAAGGAAUCGGCGCCAGGAGGUGGUAGUCAGCAACAUGAUGAACCGGCGCGUCAGCAAAUUCUAAGUAACACUGUGGAACACUGUAUUCCCUUACAAUCUCAUGCCGCAUACUCACAAUCGAUUGCCUCGGAAAACCUUCCCGGUUCUGAAUCGAUUAUGGAAGCCACGCUUAACACUAGCAUUUCCAAAAACCCGCACACUUUCGUUAAUCAUCCGACAUUUAUCAACUCACGUACUAUAAAUUCCAAUAUUGCAACAGAAUCAAUAAGGAAUAUGAAUUCAAAUAGCAAACAUAACCGAACGAGCAGCUUUGUAGCCCGCAAAACGUUGACCAAUCAGAAUAGCGUGCACAUUGAGGAAGGUGUGGAACCAUUAAAAGAGCAUAGCCGUAAAGACCAUCGUAGCCCUAUGCGACCAAUAAAUCAAGCAAAAUUUACUGACAACAAUCGUACUACCUCGCAAAAAAAGUUGCCUUUGGUCAUGAGCGAAAACUCAUUAGGAACCCAUUUUCAAAGUGAAGCUGGGCGCAAGGCACAUUCCACCCAUACAAGUUUUGCAAAUUUUACACCACUAAAUAUAGACGAGGCAAGUGUGAAUAAGGCAAGCAAGAAUAAAAUUAGUUCAGUACAUACAUCUAGGCGCCUCAACUGUACAAAUAGAAAUACUCUUGAAGAAUCAGCUACGGCUAGAUUAGCCAGGCUUUCAGCUACUGAAAUGCGUACAUCCCCGUUGAUAACUGAGGACGAAGAUGACGAAGAGCUCGAUUAUUUAGUUAUCAAAAAGCGUUGUGUACGCCAAAGUGGUCCACUUAACCUUGCCUCCGAAAAGCCAAAGCCGGACGUACGAAGUCGACGCACAAUCAAGCGUAACCCAUCAAAGCGUCGUUUGGCGUACUCCAAGCUCGCGUCUCCUUCGAUUACUAGUGAUACAGAUCGAGACUCUGGACCACCACCGGCGCAUCCUCUCAAUUUACAACACGCUACUUGUGAUCCUUAUAAAACACAAAAACGAUUAAAACGGCCAUUGAAUAAGCCACCAAACACGCCAAAAAAUGGUGAGAUGUUUGCCGACGAAUUGAAGGCGCACCUAGCACGCCUUACAAAUCAUGAAAUACUUGACCUGCGCAAACGUAACUCACUGGGUCAAGCGCUAAAAGCUCCAUCACGCUUAAGAAAAUCUGCUGCUGGUGACAAGCAAACAUUGCAGGAGCAAUUACAAAUUGAAGAGCAAAUUCAAAUGGAAAUUUUGCGUCGAGAACUAUUGGGGGAAGCGGAGGGAUUACGUUUGGAGGUUGAGCAGACGGAUCAAAUUCAAAGCGGAAGUGAAUAUGAACGAGUCACCACUGAUGACAUGAUUUUUAAUGAAUUACCAUCAGCACCUGCAGCAUUUAAGGAUGAUGAUGCUACCGCAACACAGCAAACCUUCUUCCAAUUGACGCGGAGAACUAUACGCAAUUCGUCUCUUUUAGAUGAUAACAGCAGCGAACAAGUAUCGUUCCUCCCUCCGACGCCAAGAGGCAAUCGCUCAUCACAAGGGAAAAAAUCUCGUAAAAAGAAGGAUGUGCCAUUGACUGAAACAAAAAAACGUUAUAUUGCAAUACAGAAAAAAAUUGAAAAACGUCGCCAAUCAAACCUGUCUAAACGUUCGCUGUACACCAAAGGGGAAUCUGGAUCUGAAGAAGACUUGCAUGCUGGAAAGGUGCCUUCCGAGAAGGAGAAUCAUCCACAAACGCCACCGUUAUUAGAACCCAUACGGCCCCCACCUGUAAUUUCGCCAAUAUACCACUUGCAUGUACCAUCGCCGCCACCGCCACUUGUUGCUUCACGAAACUCUUGGCGUGCUCAAUCAAUCACGACAGCUUCGCCACCAAUAGCGCCGUCAUCAAUGCAAGAAUGUGUAUUGCCACCUGCACCGUUUUUGGAUAAUAGUGCUGAGAAAAGCCCGACAAAAACAACCAAUGAAAUACAAGUGGCGCAACAACAAACGAAAAACGAUGAUGCAGUAUUCAAAAAACCAACAAUGCCUGCACCGCGUGCUGCUCGCAAACUAAGGAGCAGCACAAAGGCAAAGAAGGCAGAAACAUUAGAGGUGGCUGACAGUAGUGCUACUGAUUCUACCGAUACGCAGCCUUCGGAUGAGCCUGAAGGAUUACGACGAUCAAAACGUGGACUGGUGCCAAGAAAUGAUCCUCCCUUUCUGCAAAAGUUGGUGGAAGCAAUAGAAAGGAGGAGCUACAUUUCAAAAAUGAAAAGAUUAGAAAAGUCUAGAUUAUCAGAAGCCGCUAAUACUAUAAGCAGGCCAAUCGCUUCAAGCACGGUUAGAAAAACCACUGCAAAAGCUAACAGUCGCGGCAAUAAGAAAGCUGCAAUCAACCCAGAACGUAAUUUUAGUUACCUGGGCGAUACAAAUACAACAUCUAGCACGACCAGCUUUGCAAGCUGUAUUUCGAAAAAUGAUGUGAAUGGGCUGCGGCCGAUUAUAGAAACGGUAUGCGAAUAUCAUGUUGACGUUGUCGCGGCAGAAAAGGCAGCAGCUGGUGCACAAUCAACGAGUGUUAGUGAGGUGCCGGCAGCCAGCACUAAAGAAAAGACAUCCACAAAGAAAACGGUAUGCCGGCCAAGGAAAGGUACAACCUAUGUGUUGCAAUCAAACGCACAUGUAGUGCCGAAACCAAAGGCUAGACCGAGGAAAAAUUCGGAAGGCGCAAAAAACAAAAAACAUAAGCAACAAGUAACCGAAACAGAGAAAGAGUUCCAAGCAGAAGCAGAUGCACUACCUGAACCUAUUGAACUGCCUACGAGCAGCCAGGCUGCAAGCGAAGCGAGAACCACAAAUCGAUCUGUCGUCUUGGAGUGUAGCCGCGUUUAUUUGCCUCCACCGCCGCCCUUGGAUAAACUCAAUGAGAUGUUUGACCAGCUAAAAAAUAAAGCCAACAACUCAAGUGAUGAGACAUCUGGACAGGAAACGCCUACCACCACCGACGACACAUCGUCAGCGACAAUAAGCAGAAAUAGAAACCGGAAAUUACGUGUGCGUUUGCGACGCUUAAGUGAUACCACUCCAACCACAACAUCAAGAAAUGUAUCGAGCCCUACGUCGUCAAUACGAGCUUCAACUUCGAGUCAAACUACAAACGAUAAUGAGUUGUUGACUUGGCUUAAGAAUGUAUCGCAUCUGCAGUCUGAAAAUAACCAUGACCACGUUUUCAUGGACAUGCGACCUUCGACCGCUGGCAGAUUGUACUUUACCGAUUUAGAUGGUAUUGAUUAUGCAUUCUACGAUACGGAAGAGAUAACUAGUUUGGGUUAUUUACGCUUUAAGCCGUUGCAGUGCAAACCAUUGAAGCGAACUAAGAAAUAUCAUUUGCACUUUGUUGUACUUGCGGGCAAAUUUCAAAUUGGCACCGAGCGCGAACAUGGCACAUUUGGGAUUGGCGAUAUGGUUGCUAUCAACAUCGGUUGCCGUUAUAAAAUCACUAAUUUAGAUAAUGACGUUGCUAUUUUAAUGGUCAUUAAAAAGUAGUGGAAAUGCGUUUGCGAAAAGCAUUUAAUUAAUACCCCGGUGCAUUCACAGAGAAAGGGCGAGUUCCAAGUUGCAUGUUGUUUUGUAUUGAUGUGAAAUAUAUACACAAUAUAUACAAUGUCAGUAGAACAACUUUGCUGUUUUGUUUCAGUUUAAGCAUAAUAAAAAUUAAUCAUGCGCGGUAUGCUCGAUUCAUGCGUAUCUGCAACGCAUAAAAUGCAAAUCGGAUACAUUGCACAAAUACAAAGCAACAUGCAACUUGGAGCCCGCCUAAAUAUGCAUUGAAAUUAUUACAUAUAUAAUAUUUCUUUUCUACAUACGAAUGUAUUUUUGUUCAGUUUUUCUUUUGUAAUUAGCUUUAAUUGUAGUAGUGUAGUGUCCUCAAGCAAAUUGCCGCAUCCAUUUGCACUUUUGUUUCCAUAUGAAGCAUACGUGCUAAAUAAUUUUGUAUGUGUGCACUGUAAUAAUAAAACGAAAAUUGUUAUAGCACACUAUUUUCUUGUUAUAUACGCUGCAUCUAUUUUCUAUUAAAUAUUUUUUUUUUCGAUUUCACUCAAAUAAAAGUUGGUUUUGUUACAAAUUGAAUUUUUGGUACAUUUAGAUGUUAAGUUGCUGGAAAUUGCAUUGUAUUCGCUUAACAUACAUACUCAAAAGAAAAAGGAAUAUUUAUUUUAUAGCGAUGGCGUAUAGACAGUAUUGGCUCGUAUGCAUAUUUGCUUUAUUUAAAUAUCAAUUGAGGUAUUCACAACGGUGUCGUAAGUAUUUAAUUGUUGUAUGUCGUAAACUUUAAACAGCUUAAAAAAUAUUAAGAGGGCUUUCAAGGAACCAUAAAAGUUAUAUGAAUUUUCGUGUUAAAAAUAUAUGUUUGUGGUUUCUAGUCUUCUAGAAAUUUAUUUAAGCUUUUAAAGUUUAGGACAUACAACAAUACGACGCCGUUGUUAGUACAGUAGGCGCUGCAAAUUAGAACCACUCUGCUUUUAAGGUAAUUAUAAUUUCUGAUAUAUUCUAAUUUCUGAACGUUUUUUUAUUCGAAUAAUAAUUGAAAAUUGAUUAAAUUUACUUAAAAAAUUACAAUAAAACUAUUUUUUCACUUCAUUUAAUUUAAUAAAAACAAAACCUAACAAUCCAGUGCAAUACAUGUAACAUGUAUUUUUUUUUAAUUAAAAAUACAUACAUAUAUGGUUGCAUUAAAUUAAAAAAAGCGGGUAACACACAUAAAUUGCUGAUACCCCUUUUUAGUUCUAUUUUGUUCAAACAAAAUACAAAUAAAUAGGGGUUUUCCUGUGGUCAAAUCAAAACAAAACAUUUAAUUCUAAUUUCAAAGCGUUUAAUGUUUCACUAACGCUAAUUCUAGUUUCUGGAAGAUUCGAAUUUCUGAGAUUUCUAAUUUGUGAGCAUCUACUGUAUUCCAAAUGAGUAUACAUAAUGUUUUAUAUUUUUUUGUUAAUUAUAUUAAGACGAUCUUGGUCUUUUGCUUUGUUUUUUGCAAAAUUUUGGUGUAAAAACUCAAAAUCAUCAUUAUUUAUUUUUUUAUGUACCUAAUCCGGACUAUUCAAUGGCAUAA